AUGCUAAAAGAAUCCGAUAGUGAAACGAGUGCCUUAGAAGUGAAACUGCAACCAGAAAAUUCCGACCAAACAACCCCCGUGAGUAAGAAAACGAAGAAGAAACAAAAGCUGCAGGAAAGGAUUACAAGAAUGGAGCAGCUUGACGUGCUGGUACAUCGCCGUGGUUUGGCCAAAGGUAAGGUAACCAGAAUUUUCAAUAUCCUCCAUAACGAAGACGAAGUUCGCCCGCUAAGCGAAGCCCAAAUUCGUGUUUACCUGAAAAAGGUUGAGACUGCUCAGAAGGAGUACGAAGCGGUGCAUGAAAAAAUCCUUGCUUUGAUUUCCGCUGACGACUGUCAGCUACAUGACGAUAAUUUUAUACAAUUUGAUGAGCUCAAAGAUGAAGUGACUAUAAUGCUCGAAGAGCAACUGUCCAGGUACAAUGUUGUUCAACUGGCAGCAGCCAACGCCAGUAUGCAAAAUGCUUUAGCUCACCCUCAAGCCCCUGUCGUUAUUCAUCAACCUCUCCGCAUGCCCAUUCCCACGUUCGAUGGCCGCUAUGAGAGCUGGCCUAAAUUUAAAGCAAUGUUUAAAGAUCUGGUUGAUAAGUCACCAGAUCCUCCUGCUGUUAAAUUAUACCACUUAGAUAAAGCCUUGAUGGGAAAUGCUGCAGGGUUGAUAGACGCUAAAACGAUCAAUGAAGGAAACUAUACUCAUGCAUGGAAAAUCCUAGAGGAAAGAUAUGAAAAUAAGCGGCAUACCAUUGACACCCACAUACAUGGGCUACUUAAUUUAAAGAAAAUGUUUAAAGAAAAUCAUACCGAGCUAAGAGCAUUACUGGACGAAUGUACCAAGCACAUUGAAGCGCUCAAGUUUUUAGAGCAAGAAUUCAUCGGAGUAUCCGAUCUUAUUGUUGUCCACCUCCUUGCCACCGCUUUAGAUAAGGAAACACGCCGAAACUGGGAAGCCACUAUCAAGCGUGGCGAACUGCCCAAUUACCAGACGAUGAUUGAGUAUCUGAAAGACCAAUGUUUUGUUUUGGAAAGAUGUGAUUCCUCAAACCCUAAACAAUCUAAACCAACAAAUCAUGCAAUCAAGCCUACCCAAAGGAUGGUCGCAGUAGUAACGCCUCCCAGUACCGAGUAUAGGUGUGAGUUUUGUGGUAAGAAUCAUCAAAAUUUUGCUUGUACAGAGUUUAAGUCACUUACAAUCCAACAAAGAUUAAGUAAAGUUCGAGAAAGUGGUAUAUGUUUCAACUGCCUACGGAAGGGACACCGUAGCCAAGAUUGUCCGUCGGACAAAAGUUGCUCAAAGUGCAAACGGCGACACCACACUUUACUCCACAUUGAAGACAAACCAAGAGUUUCCGCAGAAGAGCCAAAGUCCAUGGCACAAACCACUAACAUACGGAAUAAAGAAACUAAAUCGUCGGAAGAAACGCAGGUCACCACCGCCAGCUGUUGCGAUGAGGUUCCGGCUGCGGCACAAGUGCUGCUUCUUACAGCCGUGGUUGAUGUCAUCGAUGCAAAUAAUAGAACCCACCCCUGCAGAGUUUUAUUAGAUAGUGGAUCCCAGGCUAACCUAAUCUCUAAUACAAUGGUAGACGCACUAAAGUUAAACAAGUUUCCGUCCAAUGUUACUGUUGCCGGAGUAAAUUGCACUAGAAGCCAUGCCUCACUGGGUAGUGUUGUCCAAAUCCGUUCCAGAUAUUCCAACUUCCACGCUAAUAUAAGCUGUUUGGUCGCAGAGAAGAUCACAGCAGAUUUACCAACCACCGCUUUCAACAUCGCUUCCUGGAAUAUUCCAUCUGAAGUACAACUUGCGGAUCCGGAAUUCCAUCAGACUGGUAAGAUAGACAUGCUCAUUGGUAAUCAAUUAUUUUUGCGAUUGCUUUUGCCCGGAGAGUUCCAACUAAGUGAUGAUUUACCAAUAUUGAAAGAGACCCGAUUAGGUUGGGUGGUGGGUGGUGUUUGCAAUAGCAAUCAGUCACCGGUUAUCUAUUCGCACUCACUAACUCUUGAGCAAUCCAUUCAGCGAUUUUGGAGCAUAGAAGAACUGCCAGGAGAUUCGAUCAUAUCCACUGAGGAAACAGAAUGCGAGGAGCAUUUCUGUAAAACUCACCGUCGUGAUGGUACCGGUAGGUACAUCGUACAGCUACCCCUCAAAGAGUCCGUCGCUAAUUUAAGCGAUUCGCGUGCGUUAGCAUUACGAAGAUUUUUGUCCAUGGAGAAACGGCUAUCGCAGCAACCAGAUGUAAAAGAACAAUAUGAUGAUUUCAUGACCGAAUAUGAGCAAUUAGGUCACUGUAAGGAAGUAGAUGAGAGUAAGGAUGAUGAUACCGUUCGUAAAUGGUAUUUACCACAUCAUGCAGUUCUGCGCCCAUCAAGCACCACAACUAAAUGCCGUGUCGUCUUUGAUGCCUCGGCUAAGGUUGACGGCCGUUCCCUCAAUGAUGUUCUAAAGGUAGGUGCGUUGAACCAAGAGAGUCUGCUGUCUAUUGUUUUGCGUUUCCGUAUCCACCAUUAUGUAUUAUGUGCCGAUAUAGCCAAAAUGUAUCGACAAAUAGUCGUCGAUAGUUGCCAUUCUCCAUUGCAAAGAGUGUUUUGGAGAAAAGAUCCUUCCCUUCCGCUUCGUGUCCUUGAAUUAACGACCGUAACCUACGGCACAGCUUCGGCGCCUUUCCUUGCAACUAGAGUUUUAUUACAACUUGCUAUCGAUGAAGAGAAGAAAUAUCCACUGGCAGCCAAGAUAGUAAAGGAAAGUUUUUACGUUGAUAACGCCUUGUUCGGGUUCGAUGAACUAGCUGAAGCACUGGAAGCACAAUCACAAUUAAUCCAGCUCCUACAAGUCGGCGGGUUCCAUUUGCAUAAGUGGUCAUCGAAUUGUCCCACAUUAUUGGAUGCAGUUCAAGAAUCUGAUCGAGAAACUUUCGUUAGCAUUGAAGGUCUUGGGGCAAACGACGUCAUAAAAACAUUAGGCCUACUAUGGGAUCCGACUUCUGAUAAGCUGCUUUUCGUGUCACAUUCACCUGACGACCACUGUAACAAGCCAACGAAGCGUCAGGUCCUAUCACUCGUUGCGAGCAUGUUUGAUCCUUUGGGUUUAGUUGCUCCAGUAGUUCUCGUGGGGAAAUUACUUAUGCGUGAGCUGUGGAAUUAUAAUUUGGAUUGGGAUGAAUGUAUACCGGCUGAAUUAGAAAAGGAUUGGAAAUACUUCCUCGAGUGCAUCAGUGAAGUCAGUACGUUGCUGAUUCCACGACAGGUUAUAGAUAAAGGGGCCAUUGCAUACGAAAUUCAUGGAUUUGCCGAUGCUUCUCAACAUGCGUAUGGAGCGUGUGUUUACAUUCGAUCCAUCCUUCCCAAUCAAUCAGCUACCAUGAAAUUGUUAACGGCUAAGUCUAAGAUUGUGCCUAAAGGAGCAUCCACGAUUCCACGCAAAGAGUUGCUUGCUGCUGUGUUGUUAAGCCGCCUAGUAAGAAAUGUUUUAGAUACUUUGAAUAUGUCUUUCACUCAAAUCGUGCUUUGGUCCGAUAGCCAGAUCGUACUCGCUUGGUUGAGAAGAAGCCCUGAGCAGCUACAGGUGUACGUAAGGAACCGCGUUUGUAUUAUUGAUUCCUUGAGCAAGCACUUUGUUUGGCAAUAUGUGCAAACCAAUGAUAAUCCUGCUGAUCUAGUGUCACGAGGACAAUCCGCGAAACGGUUAGCCGUCUGUGAUGCCUGGUGGAGUGGUCCUACGUUCCUUAGAAGAAAUGAUUACCAUGUUGAUGUCCCAGCUCCGCUUGCCGAUGAACAUGUUCCUGAACUUAAAGUAGUCAUGGUGAGUGCAACGGUACAACGAAUUAUUCCGCUGCCUGUAUUCGAGAAAUUCAGCUGUUUUCGAAAGCUGCAACGAGUUCUCUCGUACGUCCUUCGUUUUAUAAGGAACUGUCAGAAAAAUAUAAGUAGUCAACGUGUCUUUACCAAGUUUCCAACUAUUGAGGAGUUACGAGAGUCAAUUAAGGUCAUCGUACGAGUGGUACAGUACAGCGAGUUUGCCGAGGUAAUUACAUGUAUCCAAGCCGGUGAAAUGCCUAAGAAUUUGAAGAAUUUGAGUCCUUUCCUAGAUGAUGGAUUGCUGCGAGUCGGGGGACGGUUACGUCACUCAAGCCUACCGUUUACAGCCAAACACCAAUGGAUAUUGCCAAGAAGUAAUCGGAUCGUCGAAAUGAUCGUCGUUUGUUAUCACCGUGAGAAUAUGCACAUUGGACCUACCGCUCUUCUAGCUAGCAUCAGAAGGCAGUUUUGGAUUAUUCAAUCCCGAUCCAUGAUACGCAAGGUCACACGCAGCUGCGUGCACUGUUUCAAGUUCAGUCCUGUUGUUUCCGAGCAACUAAUGGGUGAUUUACCUCCAAGUCGUUGUAAACGAGCGCCAACAUUCCAGAAAGUAGGAGUAGAUUUUGCUGGUCCUUUCUUGUUAAGGCAAACUGGGAGAAAGGCGGCACCUGUAAAAGGAUAUAUAAGUAUAUUUGUUUGUUUGGUUACCAAGGGAAUUCACCUGGAGCCGGUGGAAAAUUUGUCAACUGAUGCAUUUAUUGCUGCUCUACAAAGAUUUGUAUCCCGGCGUGGUAUUCCAGAACAAAUACUAUCCGACAAUGGAACGAAUUUUGUCGGUGCCAAACAUGAGUUGCAUAUGAUUUACAAUUUGUUUCGUCAGCAGCUCACUGAGAAGAAGCUUUUUGAAUUUUGCCAACAACAUGAGAUCCAAUGGAAGAUGAUCCCUCCCAAUGCUCCACAUAUGGGAGGACUUUGGGAAGCUGGAGUUAAGUCUACUAAGUCCAUCUUGAAGAAAGGGUUCCAGUCUGCCUUGCUGAAUAUGAUGGAGUUCACGACGUUGCUUUGCCAGGUUGAAGCCCAACUGAAUUCCCGUCCGCUUUAUGUUCUAUCUGAAGAUCCUGCAGAUCCCGAGCCAUUAACUCCAGGUCACUUUAUAGCAGAUGGCCCUCUGACCGCCAUCCCGGAGCCUUCAUAUGAAGAAAUUCCAAUCAACCGACUGUCCCGUUGGCAAUAUGUUCAAUUGUUACGGGAGAGUUUUUGGAAGCGCUGGUCUCGUGGGUACCUUCAAGAGCUGCAAACCAGAGCCAAGUGGACGCGCAAGAGUCCAAAUGCACGUCCUGGAAUGGUGGUACUUGUUAAGGAAGACAACCUGCCGCCACAAUGCUGGAGAAUUGGAAAAAUUGAAAAAACCUACCUUGGAGCUGAUAAUCUUGUACGUGUCGCAGAUGUACGCACCAAAGGAGGAGUUAUUAAACGGCCGAUUCACAAGUUAGCACCGAUUCCGAUAUUGGAAAAUGAAACCACUAAGGGUUUCCCGGCGGAGGAUGUUCACGCUGACAGCUCGAAAAUGUAA